AUUCUCGUUUCUGAACUCCUCGGGACCGGGUUGAAAGAAGCCAUACUCUUUGAUCUAUCGCUUCCUGGAAGAUAUUUCAUUGAAGAAAAACUAGUUUUAAAAUGACAGAUCAACAGCUUGAUUGUGCGUUGGAUUUGAUGAGGCGUUUGCCUCCCCAACAGAUAGAGAAAAACUUAACAGACCUCAUUGACUUGGUACCUAGUCUAUGUGAAGACCUACUCUCCUCCGUGGACCAACCCCUGAAGAUUGCUAGAGACAAAACGGUGGGCAAAGACUACCUCUUGUGUGAUUAUAACAGAGACGGAGACUCGUACAGGUCUCCGUGGAGUAACACUUAUGACCCUCCCCUUCAGGAUGGAACCAUGCCAUCAGACAAAUUACGGAAACUAGAAGUGGACGCCAAUAACGCAUUUGACCAAUACAGAGAAAUGUAUUUUGAGGGCGGAGUGUCCUCUGUCUACCUGUGGGACCUUGAUCACGGAUUUGCUGGUGCUAUACUCAUAAAGAAGGCUGGUGAUGGGUCCAAAAACAUAAAAGGCUGCUGGGACUCGCUACAUGUGAUAGAGGUCCAGGAACGAUCUAGUGGACGGAGUGCUCAGUACAAACUUACAUCUACAGCAAUGUUGUGGCUGCAGACUUCCAAGGAGAAUUCAGGAGUCAUGAACCUCGGCGGUAGUCUCACACGUCAGAUAGAGCAGGAUUGUCCCGUUAGUGAAAACACACCACACAUAUAUAACAUUGGCAGGAUGGUGGAGGAGAUGGAGAACAAAAUUAGACACACAUUAAAUGAAAUUUACUUUGGGAAAACCAGGGACAUUGUAUAUGGCCUACGAGCAGUAGACCAGAUCGCUGAUAAGAAGCAGGAAGACUUGAGGAAGGAACUUAAAGGAUUUCUCCAGAACCGAAUCCAGUCACAGUGAUCUCACGCCCUGGGUGGGGGUCAUAGGUCAAAGGCUUAAUUAUUAUCAAACGCAACAUUCUUGUGCUGGUGACCAUUUCUUUCAUGUGUGUGGUCUGAACAAGUGGGAAAUCACGGAUCAGAUGACACAGCUUUACUGUGUGGUCUGAGCGAGGAUCAGACAGCACAUGACAUAUACAAAUACUAACACUCUAUAGCUCAGAGGACUAGACGAUCACUAGUUCACUCCCUUGGGGAUCUUUUUAAUGGGUAAAAUUGUGUGCAUGGAAGAAUAAAACAAAACAAUAUCUGCAUGCUCUAAAAUUCAAUAUUAUUUGGAAUAUACAUAUUCACUUUGCUCUGUUUCAAAAUGGGAUAUGUUUAGAAUCGAGUGUAUCGUACAUGUAUACAGGUAAAGCGUAAAAAAAAAUAAAAAAAAUAAAACGUUUGACAGAUUAAGAUUGUAUUGAAGUACACCGCUAAUGAAGCGUUCCGUUGUUAAUGUUGAUUCUUGGUCCCAAGCGUUGUGUAAUUAUCUAUCAAGGAGCAAGUCCACAGUAUUCCGAUAAAAAAAUUCCUCUGCAUGCUGAACGGAUCAAUUAUGUAGUUUUGUGUAUGUGUGGAAUAAUAGUAGACAAUCACAAACCAUUGGGCAAAUCUCUACAUCCUCCUAGGUAAGUUUCACAGGAAAUGUGCAACCUCCUGGACCAUUUUGUCAGGAGAGUACUGUAUUCCCAUAUACAAAUUUGCCCAGAAACUUUUAACACCCUCAUUAGUAAAUUUGACAGGAAAGUUAACAAUGCACUAGUUUUAGUUUCUUUAUAAUGCAUUUACUUUUUGGCUGAUAUUUUUUUCCUAUAAAUCUUUGUCCUGUGAAAGAUGUGUAAAAUCUGAGCAACCAUUCAACACUGAAUCUAAAACUUGACCCAGACAUUUGUAAGGAUGAGAGAGGUAUAUUUGAAACUUGAUCCAUUCUAAAUCCUGAUAUACAGACAACAAAAAACAAAUCUGGAAAUCCUCCUGGGUAUUUCACUGCCAUAGACAUCAACAAACAUAGUCAUGGUUACAUAGCAGGUAACCAUGGUAACUGGUGUAAAGGUAAAUGCCGUGGGAACUACUGCAGGUAAUGCAGUUACCAUAGGAUCUGCUAUAUAUAUACCUAGGUACCACAUACAUAGUUGCCACGGUAACUGGUGAUGUCACACAGUUACCAUGAUUACAGUACAGGUAACAUAAAUUGUUACCAUGGUAACUGAUACAGAUAUCUACCAGGUAUUCCUCUUUCUGUUAUUAAGAGUGAAUAAUUUACCAAUUUGAUUUAAGGUUCCCUUUUAUCGAGCCCAACUACAUAAUAUAGUCUAUGUAUAAAGGUGUAAACAAUAUAUGUAUCUACUGUUAUUAUAUAUAUGCAGUCUAAUAUUAUGUGAUUUUUUGUUGACAUAUUUAUUUACUACCAUUUAUCUUAAUUUAACUGUAGUUUGAACACAAAUGGUAGUAAUUACAUCGCUUUACAAGACUGUAAUGAGGGUGUUGUUGGUUUACCUGAGUUAGAGAAAUUGAGAAUAUAAACAAGUAGAAAAUUUUGUUUUAUUUUAAACAGCUAUGCUGCUUACCCUUCUCAAACCAAAACAUUAUUGAAUGGAGUUUUACAAGGAAUAUGUCACACUUUCCAAAUGUCAUAAAGAUUUUAUUUUGAAGUGUUGAGUAAGAAAUUCAUCAGGAGACAUACAUACUGGUGUGUAUUCAUUCAAACAUAUGUUAUUGACAUUAAACAGUCAAAGGGAUUGGACCCAAGUUCUAACAACUAACUAAGCCCUCUCUGGUGUGUUUAGGGAGGCCAUAUAGCGUAACGCAUGUCUACCACAAUUUGAUGUUACAGAGUCUGAUUCUUAUUCCUGGACUAGGUAUUUGUCUCAUGAAAAUAAAACCCUCAUUUCUCAGGUCACCUUGGGUUGCUCGGAUCAACUUGAGUUCUUUGUAAACAUGUUUAAUCUUAUUUAUAUUGAACAGGUGUUUGAUCUGAAUUCUGUUACCUGUACAGAUAAGGACACACCUUACAUUGCUCCCCAAUACUCCAAAAACAUUUCAAUAACCUUCCUAAAAUAUCGCACCACACUGUCAGAUAACUACACUUUAAUAAGACAAUUGGUAAAAACUGUUGGAACCACUUGUCAGGAAAAGGUUUAUGACCUUAUUUUUCCUGAUUUCAUGGCGAAAAAUUCAACAUAACAUCUGACAUCAACCAAAUAUAUCCACUAAGAAAAAAGUCUACAUUUACCUCCUACGUUACAGCACUGACUUAAAUAGCAGUCCGAUUCCUUGGUUACAGACUGCGAUGUUUAGUCUUUUUCAUGUGAGCAUGGUUUGGGUGAUUUAAAUUACUGUAAUGAUGAAAUGAUUUUUUAAGGAAAUGAUUAACAAGCAUUUGAGUGUAGUGUCAGUAAUCUGGUUUUAUAUAUUACAACUGUCUACAGAAACACAGAUGAUUCCAGUAGCUUUCCAAGUUACAUCUGUACACAGAGCUAAUGAGAUUCCUGUAAAUACUAUAACUAUUAUAAUGUAGGGCCGACACGUUGUUGUCCUCUAGCUUUGAAUAAUCUUAAUCAUUUUGAUGCUUGGUAACUCUGUGCCAAGUUUUUAUUAUUAAAAUAUUGCUGAUGUAA